AUGACAAGACAAGAUCAGAAGGCUUUGCGUUUCCAAAAUCGAAUCGGCCCACCUCAGAGUGGAGAGGAACUCGUGCCACUUCUUUCUCGGCGCUUGGAGGUCUGCGAGCUUUCAGGCCUGCGGAAGUUCGGCAGCGCCGAGGAGAAGAACGGAGAGAUGUGCAAAGUGUCCUUCUUCCAGCUUGGUGGGGAUCCUUACUUGGCUCUGGGAUCCAAAAACGUGACGCUGGUGAUCAAUGUGGCCAAUAAGAAGAAAGCCUUGGCGGACCUGGCAGCUUAUGAGGAAGAAAGAUACCAGUUUGCGGUGGAAAUGGCCGAAGUCUUUCUUGAUCAACUCUUCGAUGAGCUCAGUGAAAAUCAGAGGAAGCAACUCAUCAGCUUUGUGACCGAGAAAGGAGCCACGCUCUGUGGGGAGUCGAUCUCCCCGAUGCAUCAACAUAUUCAAAGCUAUCGAGAUGGGCAUGGAAAGAUCCAGGCCCACAUCCGGUUCUUCUCAGUGACAUCUCCGAAGGCAGCAUCCUGCAGCGGCUUAACUUUGUUGGACCCAGUGGAGGCCGCUCAGCACUUCCGGGCAUGGGGCCUUCAUGCUGUGGAGGCGAUUGAUGAGGCGAGGGAGUCGCUUCGGAACGCAGUGGACAAGAUGGAAAAGAAACACCUUCUUCUGCCCAAUCGAGAAGGUGCAGUGGUGUAUGUUGUGCUCCGCAAAGCAAACUCCACGCGCACCGCGCUCGUCUACAAGUGGAAGAAUGCCUGGUAUGUCACGGUGCGGGCGCUGCGGGAGAAGUUCUGCAAGCGAGCCUCUGAGGCCCGCAUCCGGAGCCGCAUCCGCUUGCUGCACGUGCACCACCCGGAAGAGCAGCAACUUGUGGAGGACUUUAUGUCCUUCUACCGCUUCGUGCUGCUGUUGCUUUCAGAGAAAGCAAUUCUGGAGCAUCUGGGGAGCCUUUGGGUGGCACUGAAAGCUGCCCAUGACGCCUUUCAGGCUGGCUCUGACAGAUGGUUUGAGGAUCUUCCUACAUCGUUGACAUCGCAGAUGCAUCCGCGCUGGCUGGAGCUCUUUCCUUGCUUGUAUGCUACUCUGAAGGCUCAGUGUCCGCUGGAGCACUGGGUAGAGCUGCUCCGGAAGCACCGAGCGUUGCUGGAGAUGCCAAAACAGGUUGGACACCCGGUGGAGGGGGACGAAAGAUCGAUGACCCACCACUUCUGUUGCACGCCACAGGCCUUGCCAGAGCCCAUGGCGGAGCCCGGCGAAGCCCUGACGCUGCUGGCGGUGCUGGUGCGGGGGCUGCAGGGCAGCGGGAAAUCCACACUUUGCCGUGCGCUAGCGCAUUUGACUCAAGGGGAGUGGAUCAACCAAGAUGAAGUGGCUGCAGGAGCUCGCAGGGGCAGCAGUGCCAAAGAGCUCUUCUUAAAGGCGAUCCAAGCUGCGGCAGCCAAGCCACAUGUGCGCUACAUAUUCAUCGACAAGAUCCACAUCUUGAAACAGCACCGCGACGAUGUGGUGUCGGCAGUGACACAAGGCUUUCAGGGCCGUGAGGGGCGGGUGGCUUUGGUCCUGCUGAACCUUUGCCAUCCGGAUGAUGAUGAGGGCGACUAUCAACAGGCAGCAGAGCGCUGCACCGCUCGGAUCUCACAGCGUGGCCUGGGACAUUUGUCGCUGGUGCCCCAGGCUACCGAUGCAGCUGCCGUGGUCCGUGCUGCAGGGGAGGAGACGACCCGCGAUGCCGAAGUCCUCACGGAUGAGGAGAAGUGCAGCUUCGACCUUUGUGCAGAUUUGGACCUUCGCCUCCCACGGCUGAUGCUCCUCGCUGAGGCCAUGAAGACUCUUCAGCAGGGCAACUUCUUGGAGACCUUCAGUGAGGAGCUCAUGGAAGAGGCAGUGCAAGUUGCGCAGAACCACGAGCUGAAGCUCUCGGCCAGGUGGAAGACCCUCUACUGGAUGGUGGCUUUGGACUGGAGCUUUCUUUGGCACGACUCUGCCCGAGAACUGCGGGAGAUGCUGGCCGAAGCCAUCGACAUGUGUCCGGAUCUGGCGCCGAUCAACGACCCACACGUACACCGGGUGGCAUCUAUUUGGGAGGUGGUUACAUCAGCGCAGGCGUAG